CGACCGACAUCACAGCACCUAGCUAGACGUUUGCAUCUAUUGCCCCACGACGAUCCGAGAUUCGCAACCAUGUCUAUCGAACCACUGAUUACUUUCAAGGCGGGCCAGUGCGAGCUUUCUGGCAGUGCACCAAACCAGAAAGUGAAGCCGCUGCCAACGCCAGGCUACGCUUACAUCUACCGUGGCGAAGAUGAGUUUGACCACUUCUGCUGGCGAGCGCGCGAUAAAUCUUACGACGAGUGUGAACUUGACCUGAUCAUGAUUCCCGGCGACGGCUCCUUCAUACCCUACACCGGCAGUGAGCGAGCUUCCGAGUCAGACAAUGUGCGAUCGCCUACCGAUGGUCGUAUCUUUGCCCUCAAGUUCAGCUCCAGCUCACAACGUUAUCUAUUCUGGCUGCAGUCAAAGUCACAGCACCCCAAUAGCGAUCCCAGCUGGUUCAGUCAACGUGACCUGGCAAUUGGACAAAUCGUCGAUCGAGUGCUUGCUGGAGAGGAUGAUAUCGACAUACAAGCCGAGUUGGCCGCUGCCAUAGGCCGUGGCGAUGACGAAGAUGAAGCUAUGGAAGAUGUCGAAGGCACAGGACACUCUACUGACAGGAAUCGUCAUGGAAGCACUGGAGGCGCAGGUGCAGGUGCCACAGGUGGUGACGUUAGAGAAGAAGGCGAAGAGUCCCGGGAGGGUGGUGCCGAUGGCGGUCGAGCAGCUGCUUCCGGCUCGAACGAUGCUUCGGCAGUUGUCCAGAACUUCCUCAACUCCUUGAAAGGCGGGAACACAUCUGGCGGGUCUCAAUCAUCCCCAGACUCUUUCGCCACUCUUCUCGACCUUUUAUCUCCUCCUACUACCAUCCCCGUCAUCGACAAGGCACCCGACUCAUUCAUCGACGCCUUGUGUUCCCAUCUCCCGAAUACCCUAUUUCUUAUUGAACAAGAAGUAGAGGACAUUGCCGAUAUCGACCCUGAAUCCGAGACAGCCAAGAUGGCUCUACACACUCUUGAUCAAGAGCAGAAGCGGGACAUUUUGAAGAGGGUAGUUACAAGUCCUCAGAUGAAGCAGAGUCUCGGUAGUUUGACAGUGGCUUUGCGGGACGGCGGUUUACCGAAUGUAAGCCAGGCAUUGAAGAUCGAUGUUCAGAAUGGAGGUUUCAUGAGGGGUGGCGGUAUGCCCCUUGGAGGCGGAGACGCUGUGAAGGCUUUCGUGGAAGGGGUCAAGAAGACUGUGGAAAAUGACGAUGAUGACGCAGAUGACGAUGAGAUGGAUACUGUCUAA